GUUCCUGCAGGCACAAACACACGCACAACACACCUGCUCGAUCGCCGGACAUACGAGCCGAUCCGCGACAUUUUCCUUGUGCAUUUCCAGGCCCCCCCAAAGUCCCCAUCAAAUGGCAACCCACCUGCUCCGGAAUGGCGCUACCGGCUGGCUCUUAAGGAAUUGCAUGUCCCGCCCCCAGGCGAGUCUAAGCCGCUGCCUGCACUUGACUUCCAGCCUGGACAAGAGGGUCUCCUUCAACCUCAGCGACAUUGGCGAGGGCAUCCGCGAGGUGACUGUGAAGGAGUGGUUCGUCAAGGUGGGCGACACCGUCGAGCAGUUCGACAAUCUCUGCGAGGUGCAGUCGGACAAGGCCUCGGUGACGAUCACCAGUCGCUACGAUGGCAAGAUAACCAAGAUCUAUCACAGCAUCGAUGAGAUUGCGCUGGUGGGCAAGCCCUUGCUGGACUUUGAUGUGCUGGAAGAGGAUGGUGAUGACGCAGAGGACACCACGUCCUCAUCCUCCUCCUCCGAGAGUUCUGCCAGCGAAGCGGAGCGUGUAAAGCCGUCGGAAUCGGAAACUGGCGGCCGUGUGAUUAUACCCGCCACGCCGGCGGUUCGUCGCCUGGCCAAGGAAAACCAAUUGGAUCUGGCCAAGGUGCCGGCCACUGGCCGCAAUGGACGCGUGCUCAAGGGGGAUAUAUUGGAGUAUUUGGGGCAGGUGCCGCCCGGCACCAAUGUGCCACAUCCCACGCUGGCGCACGCCAAGAAGCCAGCAGCUCCUGCCCCUGCGGCUGCUCCUGCUCCGGCUCCUGCUCCGGCUCCUGUGGCAGCCGCUGCUGAUCGCGUAGAGGUGCUCAAGGGAGUGCGCAAGGCCAUGCUCAAGUCCAUGACGGAAUCCUUGAAAAUCCCACACUUUGCGUACAGCGACGAGAUCGACAUGACCCAGCUGAUGCAGUUCAGGGACCAACUGCAGGCGGUGGCCAAGGAGAACGGCGUGCCGAAGCUCACAUUCAUGCCGUUCUGCAUCAAGGCUGCCAGCGUGGCCCUGUCCAAGUAUCCCAUUGUGAACAGCUCCUUGGACCUGGCCAAUGAGUCGCUGAUCUACAGGGGUGCCCACAACAUAAGCGUGGCCAUUGACACGCCCCAGGGUCUCGUGGUGCCAAACAUUAAGAACUGUCAGGCGAAGAACAUUAUCGAGAUAGCCAGGGAUCUCAAUGCUCUGGUGGAGCGCGGACGCACUGGCUCCCUGACGCCCACGGACUUUGCCGACGGCACCUUCUCGCUGUCGAACAUUGGUGUUAUUGGUGGCACCUACACGCACCCCUGCAUCAUGGCUCCCCAGGUGGCCAUCGGAGCCAUGGGCAGGACCAAGGCGGUGCCGCGCUUCAACGACAAGGACGAGGUCGUGAAGGCGUAUGUGAUGAGCGUUAGCUGGUCCGCCGAUCAUCGUGUGAUCGAUGGUGUGACCAUGGCCAGCUUCUCGAACGUCUGGAAGCAGUAUCUGGAGCAGCCCGCUCUCUUCCUGCUCCAGUAGUGGACGACGAUGAGGCUGUUCCCACCCCCACCCGAUGCAUUUAUCUAGACACUAUAUACGUAUAUAUUUUUUUGAUUCUUUUUGUGUGGAACUCUACGAAUGAGCCAGGCCAUUUGCCGCCAUAUCCUCCCCCCCCGAAAAAUGUGCAUUUAUAGGAGGCAGUUGCUCUGAGCGGCUCCUCGAUUACUUUAAGCUCCUGGCGCACAUGGCGCUGGCUCGCUCCACUCCUUGUUAACCAGCAUUUAAUGCCAGUUUGUGGCUUUGGCCUACAGUUUGACUGUAGGCGUGCGUGUGCAUUUAUUUUAAAGCUUUGUUUUAAUGGCUGUCCAAUAAAUAUAUCCAGAACGGUUUAUGUGAAUGUA